AAUAGCAACGGGGCUCCCUGCCCAGUUCAUCUCAGAUCAGCACAGCACACAAUGAUGAUGAUGGUGCUCCUUCUCCGCUCCGUCGUCAUCCUCCUCCUCCUCGUGCUGUGCCCUACCCUCACGACCGCCUCCGUCACUCCCUCUCCCGCACCCCUCAACCUCUCCUUCCCUCACUUCCAACAACUUCACGUUCAACAGUCCCUCCUCGACGCUUCCCGACCUUCCCUUCCCCCCAGCUUCAACCACACCCACUCCAACGCUUGGAAGCUCAACCUCCUUCACAGAGACAUCGUCUCCCGCGACGCCCACGACCAUCGCUCCCGAUUCGACGCCCGCAUCCGCCGCGAUUCCGUAAGAGUCGCCUCCCUCGUUCGCCGCCUCUCUCCCUCUUUCCACUCUGAGGCUUUCGGCUCCGACGUUGUCUCCGGUAUGGAUCAAGGCAGCGGCGAGUACUUUGUUACCAUUGGAGUUGGCAGCCCUCCCAAGAGUCAGCUUGUGGUCAUUGACUCUGGGAGUGAUAUCAUAUGGGUCCAGUGUCAGCCUUGUAGCCAAUGUUACCGUCAGUCUGACCCCGUUUUCAACCCCGCUGAUUCCGCCACCUUCUCCGGAGUUCCCUGCACUUCCUCCGUCUGCGACCGCCUCGAGAAUGCCGGCUGCCGCGAAGGAAGGUGCCGUUAUGAGGUUUCUUAUGGGGACGGGUCCUAUACCAAAGGGACGCUAGCCCUCGAAACUCUCACCGUCGGUCGGACCCUGAUCCGGAACGUGGCGAUCGGGUGCGGACACAAGAAUCAAGGCAUGUUUGUCGGAGCCGCCGGCCUAUUGGGUCUCGGAAGUGGGACCAUGUCCUUCGUUGGCCAGCUGGGAGGCCAGACGGGCGGUGCCUUCAGUUACUGUUUAGUGAGCCGGGGCUCUGGAUCAUCCGGGUCGCUCGAAUUCGGACGCGAGGCCAUGCCCGCCGGAGCCGCGUGGGUCCCCCUAAGCCGCAACCCGCAAGCCUUGAGUUUCUACUACGUGGGGCUUUCCGGUCUUGGAGUCGGAGGCCAGCGGGUGCCCAUUUCCGAAGACAUAUUCCGGCUCACUGAAUUUGGCGACGGAGGCGUUGUCAUGGACACCGGCACGGCCGUGACAAGGCUUCCAACGGCGGCCUACAAUGCAUUCCGGGAUGCUUUCGUCUCGCAAACAACAAACCUGCCCCGGUCAUCGGCAGUAUCCAUAUUCGACACAUGCUACGACUUAAACGGGUUCGUAACGGUUCGGGUGCCUACCGUAUCAUUUUACUUCUCGGGGGGACCGAUCCUCACCCUGCCAGCCCGUAAUUUUCUGAUACCGGUCGACGAUGAAGGGACGUUCUGCUUUGCAUUUGCCGCUUCUCCUUCGGGGCUUUCCAUCAUAGGGAACAUUCAACAAGAAGGGAUUCAGAUCUCAGUGGACGGAGCCAAUGGGUUCGUCGGAUUCGGACCGAAUGUUUGUUAGAUUGCAAGCCACGUGUGUAAAUUUUGGUAGCCGUAGUAAUUUUUGAUGUUAACGCUACGUGUAUUAUAAUAAUAUGUUGUAUCAUUUACAUAGAACUGAGCUAGAUGGGGGGCGGGACGGGGCGGGGCAUGGUUGUCGGCAUUAAUUAUUGUAGUGAUGUAUCAUGUAUGAGGGUUGCUUUUGAUGAGUUGCUAAAAGCGACGAGGAAAUUGUAAUACAGGCUCGUGAAAUUAAGUGGGUAUGAUAAUGUGCGUGAGAAUUGAUGCUUACAUUGUGAGGCAUGUGAGGGUCAGGGGAGUCAAAGAUUGAGAGGAGGAAGAUGAGGGAGGGGAUAGUCAAAAAAGACUAAUGGAAAAGGGGAUGUUGCAGGAGAAGGGAGCCAUGAUAAGAGGGAUCCAAGAGGGAGGCUUUUUCAUAGUAUUAGUGGCAGAUAGAAAUGAUUCAGUGCCCGAGGCAAGGGGGCCAUAUAAUUAAUUAACUUUGCUUUUCUUUCUUCAACACA